AUGAUUUUCCGCACACCCCAUAACCCUGAAUGGAUGGGUAUGUCAGGUGCUGAUAUCAAGUACCUAAUCCUUGCACACUUUUGCUAUGCCCCACAGCAAAUUGACAACGUUAAACUGGGGCGCCUUACUGGAAUAAGCGCUAAGUAUGCUAGACGCGCAUUUGCAACGGCCAAGAGAAAUGUUCUCAGGUUAGGCGCUCUUGAUGCGCAGUUUAUGUCGAUUGUGUCAGAAGAGGCAUACGUCUGUACACAAGGAAUAUCCGACGACCAGACGGAAAAGAGCUCAAAGUACAAGAAAUCAAAGUUUUCGCCAGACGAGUCUGAUGAAGGAAGCACAGCAGAGUCUUCUGAAUCAGAGACCGACGACUUCCGGUCAAAGGGACUUCGUCAGAACGCUAAGCGCAAGAAUCAUGCUAACCGCAAGCGCAAGGGCAAGAGCAUGACUAUAGAUAGCGAAAGCGCGGACGAGGACAGCGAGGUCGGAGACGACGAGUCUCCUCUGCCCAACUUCAAAACCCCAAGCAAGACCCAACGCCAGAAAACGAAACAAAAGGCUCCGAAGCACAAAGGACACGCCAAACACUCCGCAAGCCAUGGAGCGAGAAAAGGAAGAGACAGUCCUUUCCAUACAAGCACCAAGUCCUCAUCCUCCCGCGCCGGCCGCCAGAACAUCCAACGAAAGCAGGGUCUCAAGCGCGGUAGAGACCCUCACCACUACCAGGAUGGUUCCACAGAAGAAAGUGCCGACGAGUCUUCCAGUGCAGAAAUGUACGGCUCUUCCCGCACAAGCUAUGGAAGAAUCAAGCGCAAGCGACUCGGAAAACCAAGUGGACUGGCUGAUACUUCCGACGACGAUAGUGAGAUGGAGGAAGAAGUCGGACGUCGAUCUGCUCGAGCAUAUGCCAAAUACACUCCUGUCAAGACCAAAUCCCAGGCUGGGAAUCGCAAGAAGCUUGGCAAGACCAACGAACUUGCUGAGUCGCCGGAUAAGGACCUCGUUGGGGGAGCUAUGGAUGGUCUUUCUCUGAAUUGGGAUGCAUCAAAGACAAAUGGCCGCGCUGCGAAGUCUACAAAGCAUGAUGGAGAGGGUGACUCUGUAUGA